AUGGCUCUAUUGAAACAUGGAUUACUCUUGUUGAUGGUGGUUGUGUGGUUUGACGGACAUGGAGCAGCAACAAGGGACAUGGUGGAGUGCUGGAGCAACCUGAUUCAGCUAAAAUCAUGUUCCAAUGAGAUAAUGCAUUUCUUGAUCAACGGUGGAGCAGAUAUUGGAUCCUACUGUUGCUGUGCCAUCACUGUCAUAACCCACAAUUGCUGGCCCUCAAUGCUCACUUCAUUGGGUUACACUUACCAGGAAACUCUUUAUAUGCGUUCCUACUGUCAGGAUGCUGCUCCAACUCCAUCUUUCUCACCUUCUCAUCCACUCUAUUGA